AUGCAGAUCGAGAUGUUUGAUUUUGUAUUUUUCCCCUCUAGAUUACUUCACUUGCAUCUGAAGAAAUUCUUCUUGAACUUCUUGCUACGCCAAGCAGUGUGCAAUGGGGAAAGAUUCCAACUGCAGUUGAUCUAUAACGAAAGUAAAUGCGAAGAUCAUGUCAUUCUGGUCCCUAAUGUUACUGAUGUGGAUGUUUCCAGUCAACCUGUUGAUGUUAUUCCUGUUACCGAUGUUAUUGCAGACCCUGUUAGAGAUGGUGUAGCAGUUCCUGAUCAUACUGCUGAUAAUGAACCAACCCGUGGAAGAAAACAAAAACGUCAACCUAAUUUGUGGAAACGCAAUAUUCGUAAGCAGAGUAGGAGUGCUGGAACCGAGUAUGUUACAAGAAAAGGAAAGUUAGUUUCCGAAAGGAAACCCUUAGUGGCAAAGUGUUCUUGA